GGCUUGUUGGAACCCGUUGUAGUACCGUUGAGACCGUGGACGGACAUCUCAAUGGACUUCAUGGUAGCACUGCAGGAAUCAGAAGGGUAUACCAAAAUUUGGGUAAUCAUGGAUAGAUUCUCAAAGAUGGCACACUUUAUACCUUUGGCCACAGAAGUUCCCAUAAAGGAUCUGGCUCUAAUGUUCCUGAAGGACAUUUGGCGGCUCCAUGGGCUCCCAGAAUCUAUUAUCUCUGACAGAGAUAGCCGAUUUACAUCCAAGUUUUAGACAAGCCUGAUGCAACACUUGCAACUGAAACUACGGUUAUCGACUGCUUUUCACCCUGAGACUGAUGGGCAGACUGAAAGGGUGAACCAGACCUUGGAAUAGUACUUAAGAAAUUAUUGUUCCUAUCAGCAAGAUGAUUGGGCAUCGCUACUACCUUUAGCGGAAUAUGCAUACAAUAUAUCUACCUCCGAGUCAACCAAGUUAUCUACGUUGGAGAUCAACUAUGGCUUUAACCCAAGGACGAACCGGUCGGGAACAGUCUCGGAGGACCAAGGUGUUCAUCCCAGUAGAGAACUAUUGGUAAAGAAUUGGGAAGGUGUCUGGCAAGAAGUCCGAGAUACACUUAAGCAAGCUCAAGAGAGACAACGGAAGUGGCAUGACCAGAAACAAUUGCCAUUGCCGGAAUACAUUAUGAUGGAAGAUGUAAUAAAUGGUAGGGCAAAGAAGGCUGACCGUGUGAUGCAAAAUCGAAAGAACAUCUGCACUAAGGGACCUAUGGGGAAGCUGGACCACCAAAUGUUUGGGCCCUCUGUGGUCAAGCGUAAGGUCGGAAACCGGGCUUAUGAACUCCAAUUACCUGCUCAUUGGUCAAUCCAUCCGGUAUUCAAUGUCGAACUCUUAGAGCCCUAUCGUGAGGACGCAAAUGAUGAAAGGAGUAGGGAAGUCCCAGUCCCCAAGAUAGUAGACAAUGAGCCGAGCUAUGUUAUUGAGGCAGUGGUAGACAGUCGAUGGUAUUCAAACAUGAAAGCGAAAUUUCCAAAUCGCUUCGUACAGUACCUAGUUUCAUGGGAAGGCUAUGGCGCAGAGGAGAACUCUUGGGAGCCAUAUGAGAUGCAAGAAGGUACUGGCUUAAAAGCAAUGAUGGAUUUCCAUCAUCGGUAUCCCCAUAAACCCAGA